AGCCAAAUGUACAAAAACCACAACACUAACAGAGCCACACACCAGUGACACCACACUGUUUGUGUUAUUUCCUCUAUUAUUGUGAAAAUGGAUCCAGUUAGCGAGUGGGGAAACACGCCGUUAGUAACGGUCGACCCCGAAAUCCACGACCUAAUCGAAAAAGAGAAACGCCGUCAAUGCCGCGGAAUCGAACUCAUCGCCUCCGAAAAUUUCACCUCCUUCGCCGUCAUCGAAGCUCUCGGAAGCGCCCUCACCAACAAAUACUCCGAGGGAAUUCCCGGUAACCGUUACUACGGCGGCAACGAGUUCAUCGACCAGAUCGAGAACCUCUGCCGCUCCCGCGCUCUCGAGGCUUUCCACCUCGACGCCGCGAACUGGGGCGUUAAUGUUCAGCCUUACUCUGGCUCUCCGGCGAAUUUCGCCGCCUACACGGCGGUGCUGCAGCCGCAUGACAGGAUCAUGGGACUGGAUCUGCCUUCCGGUGGACAUUUGACUCAUGGAUACUAUACUUCCGGUGGGAAGAAGAUCUCGGCGACUUCGAUCUACUUUGAGAGUUUGCCGUAUAAGGUGAAUUCGACUACGGGGUUUAUUGAUUACGAUAGGUUGGAGGAGAAGGCUUUGGAUUUUAGACCUAAGUUGAUUAUUUGUGGUGGAAGUGCUUAUCCUAGGGAUUGGGAUUAUGCUAGGUUUAGACAAGUUGCUGAUAAGUGUGGUGCACUUUUGCUUUGUGAUAUGGCUCACAUUAGUGGCCUUGUUGCUGCUCAGGAAGCUAAUAAUCCCUUUGAGUUCUGUGACAUUGUCACAACAACAACCCAUAAGAGUUUAAGGGGUCCUAGGGCCGGUAUGAUCUUCUACCGGAAGGGACCUAAGCCACCAAAGAAGGGUCAGCCUGAGAAUGCAGUUUAUGAGUUUGAAGACAAAAUCAACUUUGCUGUUUUCCCCUCCCUUCAGGGUGGUCCUCACAACCACCAGAUUGGCGCUCUUGCUGUUGCUUUGAAACAGGCCACGACCCCCGGGUUCAAGGCAUAUGCUAAGCAAGUUAAGGCCAAUGCAGUUGCACUUGGAAAUUUCUUGAUAAACAAGGGAUACGCUCUUGUCACCGGAGGAACUGAAAAUCAUCUUGUCUUGUGGGAUCUCCGUCCUCUUGGCUUGACAGGUAAUAAGGUGGAAAAACUUUGUGACCUAUGUAACAUUACUGUGAACAAGAAUGCUGUUUUUGGUGAUAGCAGUGCCUUGGCCCCUGGAGGAGUAAGGAUUGGUGCCCCGGCUAUGACUUCUAGGGGAUUGGUUGAGAAGGACUUUGAGCAGAUUGGUGAGUUUCUUCACCGUGCAGUAACUCUGACACUAGAGAUUCAAAAGGAAUAUGGAAAACUUUUGAAGGAUUUCAACAAGGGUUUGGUGAACAACAAAGCUAUUGAAGACCUCAAAGCUGAUGUUGAGAAGUUUUCAGCCUCAUUUGAUAUGCCUGGAUUCCUAGUAUCUGAGCUUAAGUACAAGGAUUAAGCUGCGCAUGCUUAGGCUCUCAUUUUGGAUGUCAAAGGCUAAUUCGAUUGCUUUUGGUUCAAUUUUAAGUUCGUGUAUGUUGUUAUGUGUCUAUCCUGAUAUCGUAUUUUCUUAAGUAAAAUAUGAUACCAGUAUUUUUUACAAAUAUCUGUUUAAUGAAACAAAAGAAUGUAUUCUAUUUACCUGUUACACCUACUACCUCUGUAUUAUGCCAAACGCCAACUUAAAAGUUUGUUGAAUUUUAUGAAAAAGAAUGUGUUUCAUAUAGUA